CACAAUCAGCCAGCCAAAUAACCGGCAACCACAGCGGCGUUGCUACCACGUAAAUUGUAAGUACUACGCCGGACAAGAAACCUUGAUUGUAGACUAAUAACCAGGACGAAACGCACAAUAAGGCUCGACAAAUGGAUCAACUGUUACUUCGGGGAAAGUUCACCAGUUUAUUCAUAGUCACGGAGAGAUUUCAGUUGACAAGAUUAAUCUUGUCGUCAACACCUGCACCUUUCGUGCGCGGUGUAGUGGAACAGAUGCCACCUGCUGAGUGUCAGCAGAUCGCAGAUAAUUCCUGUAUAGGCUAUUGUCAAGCGUGUACGUCGAGGUCUGCGACACUCACUGUUGAUGUGAGUAAUGCCUUUAAGCUGGAGCACGAGGUCGGUUUCAAAAGUGUAGUGAUGGGAAAUUUGAAUGUGGGUACGAAGUCGUUCAAUUUUCUGACCAAGUUGGGACCAUUACAUGAAAUUAUCUCAAUGUCCUGUUUUUAAACUCCACCACGGAAAUGGUCACUGCUUAUCCGCGGCCUUCAACUCGAAUUGCAUCAGCCGUACUCGAAGAACGAAGAUUUGGAGACACCUGGCUCAUAUGACGCUACAUGUCUUGGGAGGUGGCCACAUAUUUUGAAGAAAGGGAGUGUCCAAUUUCGAGCUCUCUGUUUCGAAGGUGAGGGAGCGAUGAUGUCCCGCUGGUAUAUAGUGCUUGAGCGCUUCGGGAAGAGGCAAGCGCUCGUGAAUUCUCACAUCAAUCUGGACACAUCUCAACUGUCGACUCGUGCAUUCAGCUCAGAUAUAGUGUUCCCAACCAUCACCAGCAGGAAUCCAAAGAGUUCGACUGCAGUGACACAAGACAGGGAUCCAGGAGUUUUCUACCUUACACAGCUCUUUGCAAAGCUUCUGAAACUGGGUGAAGACAACAAUGCCUCUAAACUUAUCAAGGACAUGAAGACAUUGGACAGUCCAGUUACAGUAGUGGUCUGCAACUAUCUUCUCAAUAGUUGCUCUAAGAGCAGGAAUCCAAAGAUGGCAAAGGAAGUAUGGAAUUUUAUGCAGUCGAAUAAAAUACAGAUCAAUAAAGUCUCGUAUGGUUGCCUCAUUGGUGCACUGAGCAGAGGUGGUUGUAUCGGUGAGGCAACCGAGUUACUGACGUUACUUGCAAAUAAAAAUGAAGCGAAUCUGGUGAUGUACAACACUGUACUCAAUGGAUGCGUGCAUACGAAAAGCAAAGCCCAGGCGGAACGCUGCAUCCAAUUAAUGGAGAAACAGGGUGUUCCGAAAGAUGAACGUACGUAUAUGGAGCUUAUCAAGCUUUCAGGAAUGUUGGGAGACUUGAGUGCCACUAGAAGGUGGUGGACUCAACUUGUAGGAAAGUUCACUCCAACUUCAACCGUACGUUCCUCUUACAUAAUUGCACUUUGUAGAAUGAAUGACCUCAACGAAGCUCGUCAAGCACUACAAGACCUGGUGUCUGUGUAUGGACAUGGAAAAGCAACUCACCUUACUCCUUUAGACGAAGGUGCCACUCAGCAAAGCAGGUUUGUAUCUGGUGAAAAGUCAGAAGAAUAUAUGGAGAGCUCAGUUAGUGGGGAAAAUGAGGAAGCUGAGCAUUUAUCCGAGCAAUAUGGAUCGAAACAAUUAGCCAUAGAUGAGCUUGACAAGGAUUCUGAUGAUUCAAAUCAUUUAAAUGAGCUAGACUCAGAGUCUGAUGAUCCGGAACUCAACGAGUCACAGCGGACAUCUAGUUCUAACGGCAAAGAGGAUGAGAUGAGUUUGUUCACUGAGGGGGACGUUGAAGUUCCGGGGUUUCCUGCUGAGUUAGCACUGCGGGGAAUGAAAAUUUCAGACAUCACUUCCACAGGAUUAAAAGAUCUGCAAAACUCAUACAAUGCCAUGAUCAAUGCUGCUGGAAAGGCCAAGAAUCAUAUCCUUGCAGAAUGCUUGUUUUCAGAGAUGCGUCAGUUGGGUUUGAAAAUGGACAUAUACACUUACAACGCUCUUUUAAGAGCCGUACUGGAAGGAAGAGGUGUUAAGCACGGGCUACGCAUCCUGAAGAGGAUGGAUACCAUCGGUAUAAAGCCAAAUGUGCACUCUCUUACUGCACUUCUGGAAGCGUACUGUCGCGAUAGGAAAUUCAGUAAAGUUGAUAACGUAUUGGAUUACAUGGAGAGUGGUAGCCGGAGCCAGCAUCCUUCGUGCCACACAUACAACAUAGUUCUCAAUGCUUGUAUAUCUGCGGAAGAUCCUGAGCGCGCGUUGCAAGCCUUUGGCCGGAUGAAAGCUUUCGGUGCUGAGCCAGACAUAUGCACGUACAUCGCCCUAUUUACCGUUUUGGGUAACACUAGAUCAGAGCCAGAGGGAAGCAGUCCUUGGUCCCAACGACAGGUGGCAAAGAGAAUAACUGCAAUAGAAUUGGAUAUGGAUCAGUCUGGCAUACAGCAUACACGAGAAUCUUUCACUUCUCUGAUGCAUGUGUUAGGAGCACAAGGUUUAACAGAGCUCAUGCUUCAACGACUCAAGGAUGCCAUCAAAGUUGGGAAAGAUAUUCUGGAUGUCACAUCAUUUAAUACCGUCAUCCUCAGCUGUGUCAACGUAAAUCAGGUCGAGACAGCCUGGGAAGUUUACCAGCAAAUGAAGUCUGCCGGUUUCAAACCCGAUGAAUACACUUAUAACAUACUCAUCAAUGGUUGUACACAUGAGAAGAAACUGUCCACUGCUUUCGAGCUAGUCGAUACAAUGCGCCAGGAUGGUUUAUCUCCAAAUGUUGUGACCUUUAACACCCUACUAAAGGUAAUUUGUCAUAGCGGGGAGAUGGAUAUUGUUCUUGAUCUAUUAAAAGAAAUGACGGCCUCAGGUGUUCAACCGGAUACGGCUACAUUCAACACUAUUCUGACGUCCGCUUCCUACCAAAAACGGGUUGAUGUGAUGGAACACAUGUUGGAGGAGAUGCGACGCAGCAACAUUUCUCCAGAUGAUCAGACGUUCUUACCAGUGGUUUCUACUUACAUGCAAGCUGGUCAAACCGAGGAUGCUGCGGAGGCACUUCGUGUUCUCAGCUUUCGGAUGCUGGACAAUUGCAAGCCUAAGGAUGAGGCUGGCAAUUUGCAGCGGAAUCUAGUUCAAGGUGUAAUAGGUGAUUUAGCUCGAAAGAAUCUCAAUCUGGGUAUGAACACGAGGGAACUUCUCAAGGAUGCAGUCCUACACACAUCACCGGAAGCUUUAGCUAUAUAUACAGCUUCUUUGGCAGGACUGGUACAGGGUGAUUCUGAAAAUUCAGACACUGAACAGAGCCUGUGGGCAGCAAGGUUAUCUGCACAAUAUGAUCAUAACAGAACUUCUCGAUUUACUAAUCUGAGGUAGGUUUUAUGUUUGCCCAUCGGCAUUUGUCCUUCACAGCUACUUCCUGCAACAGCAGGCACUGCAUCUCCUAGUGCAGGCAUGUACAGAGAAACCGCAUCGAUGGUGAAUAAAGUAGUUGUACGUAUGGGGGAGAGGAACCACAUUUGACAACAUGGACGUCGAGUACGUACUUUCUGCGGGCGAGGACCAGUCUAGACACCUCUUCAUGCGAGCAUUUUCGCAAGAAAACUCAGGUACAGAAAAAGUGGAUAGGAGUUGCUGAGCAUGAAAGCUGAGAUCUUCAUUUACAGCCAACGCGAUCUGUCUGCGCGCAAUGGAAUCUGUAGAGACGUACAGCACAAUCUAAAAUAUACACCGUUUCCUUGCACAUGAUCGGGACAAACAUGAACCGGUGCAUGGAUAUUGCUUGCUUCAAGAGAUUUGUAGUCGCUUGAAAGGUUGACAUAUGAUGAUAAAUUUGACUAAAUGGCCAAGUGCGAGAUGGUAAGUUGACUGUUUGCGCACUUCUGAACCCGAAGAGUUCUGGUGCCUACAGAAACUUGGAGUUCAGGAGCGCUGCAUAUCGGGUCUUAAAAUUCAUCAAGACAACCUUAAGGUCUGGUCAUUACCAGCUUGUGUUAGAAACGAUGGACACCUGAUUAGGAUGUGGAAUUGUUGAUACCUGUAUGCACUAUGGAUAUGCGAAAAUUCGUUUCAUUCACUCAACAUCCUUAUCUUGAGAAGUCUGACGUUGUAAAGCUUUUUUUAAAAAAAAAUUUGGCCCAACCUA